AUGAAGUCCCAGGCAAUCACGAUUUACUGUUUAAUGUUAUUUCUGGCCACAGAAUGUUCUCAUCCUAGAUCCAAGACCCACAUAAAAGAUGGAGAUAAACUUCAAGGUCCUGAAGGAAAACCCAAGACUGAAAGGAUGCAAGAAAAAUGCCAUGGACCUUGCACCACUUCUUCCAACUGCAGCCAGCCUUGUGUUCAGCACUUUCGUGGAGAAAUAGGAUUUAUCUGUAAUGGAAACAAGUGGCAAAAAUCAACUGAAACAUGUACAAGCCUUUCUGUGGAAACACUCUUUACGGACUUAAAUAACACAUCACGCCUUUCUGUGGCAGCACCAUUUAUACCUCUGCACCUUGUUGACUACCAAGCCCCAGAGCCAAUUGAGAGUGUAGCUCAAGUCAUCCAGAUGAACUGCCCACUUGAUUAUGCCUGCAUAAUUGAUGUUGUGAAAUCAUCAGAAGCCACGUCUGGAAAUAUUGCAUUUAUAGUGAAGUUACUAAAAAAUAUUUCUACACACUUGUCUGAUAAUGUUACCCAAGAGAAAAUGAAGAGCUACUUCAAAGUGGCCAACCACAUCCUCGACAAAGCAGUCAUUCCAAAUUGGGCUUUCAUUCCUGACAAAAAUGCCGGCUCGGAUUUGUUGCAGUCAGUGAAUUGGUUUGCGAGGCGAUUCCGCAUCCAGAAUGAACCGGAGCACAUUACGGAUGAACUCUUCAUUCAGACGAAAGGGCUUCACAUCAACCACAAUACCUCAGACAGAAGUUUCAGCUUCUCCAUGAACGUGAGCAAUACAACGGAGGGUAUCCUAGGAACGAUCGAAGUUCCCAGGCAAGAGCUGUGGAAGCUGUCACCAAAUGCAUCCGAAGCCAUCGGCAUAGCUUUUCCCACCUUGGGGGUUGUUCUGAAAGAAGCCCACUUGCAAAAUGCCAGUCUUCCCAGGCAGGUAAAUGGGCUGGUCGUUUCGGUGAUUUUACCAGAAAGAUUGAAGCAAAUCUUAUUCACCUUUGAGAAGAUCAAUAAAUCCCGGAAUGCCAGGGCCCAGUGUGUUGGCUGGCACUCCAGGAAAAGGAGGUGGGAUGAGAAUGUCUGUGAAACAACAUUGGAUACCGCCAGCAAAGUGAAAUGCUGGUGUAACUACACCAACGUGUUGAUGUCUUUUUCCAUUCUCAUGUCCCCCAUAUCUGUAGACAACAAGGUCCUGGACUAUAUCACCUGCAUUGGGCUCAGCGUCUCCAUCCUUAGCUUGAUUCUUUGCCUGAUCAUUGAAGCCACAGUUUGGUCCCGAGUGGCUGUGACGGAGAUAUCAUACAUGCGACAUGUAUGCAUUGUGAACAUAGCUGUGUCGCUCCUGACCGCCAAUGUGUGGUUCAUCCUAGGCUCUAACUUUAACAAAAAGGCCCAGAACUACAACUGGUGUGCUGUGGUGACAUUUUUUAGCCACUUUUUCUACCUCUCUCUGUUUUUCUGGAUGCUCUUCAAAGCACUGCUCAUCAUCUAUGGACUAUUGGUCAUUUUCCGGAGGAUGAUGAAGUCCUGCAUGAUGGCCAUUGGCUUUGCCAUUGGCUAUGGGUGCCCGUUGGUCAUUGCUGUCACCACAGUUGCUAUCACAGUGCCAGGGAAAGGCUACAUGAGACAUGGUGCCUGUUGGCUUAACUGGGACAAUACCAAAGCCCUUUUAGCAUUUGCCAUCCCAGCCUUGCUUAUUGUGGCUGUGAAUCUUGUUGUGGUUUUGGUUGUUGCUGUCAACACUCAGAGGCCCUCUAUUGGCAGUUCCAGGUCUCAGGAUGUGGCCAUUAUUAUAAGGAUCAGCAAAAAUGUCGCCACUCUCACCCCAUUGCUGGGACUGACCUGGGGUUUUGGAAUAGCUACCCUCAUAGAAGGCACUUCCUUGAUAUUUCAUAUAAUCUUUGCCCUGCUCAAUGCUUUCCAGGGGUUCUUCAUCUUGCUGUUUGGAACCAUUAUUGAUCACAAGAUUAGAGAUGCUUUGAGGAUGAGGAUGUCUUCACUGAAGGGGCGGUCAAAGGCAGCAGAGAAUGCAUCGUUAAGCCCAACGUAUGGAUCUAAAUUAAUGAAUUGUUGAGGAUAAGAUGAGGAAUCAGAAGGUCUCAGAAGCAG